AUGUCGACAGCCCAACUGUCGCCGUUAGAGCAGUUGCUGGCGCUGCUGCCAAAACUGUUUGAGGGAAACGGAAACCUCGCCACAGUCACGUCGCUGCUACCUUCAGGUCUACUAGAAACAGUGCUCAACUCGCCCUAUGGCCCCGCUCUCGUCGAUAUUCUCAACUCACAGACAGGCAACCGGCCACUCGAGUACUCAGAUAGAUUGCUCUCGAUCAUGCCGAUCCCACGAUGGGCAUGGACAGGAACCGGAGUCGCCAAGGUGGUCAAAAUGGCCCACCAAGUUGUGGGAAAUGAACUUCCCGUCAAUGUCGUCAACCUCGUCAUGACCACGCAAUACAAUAUUUACGGUAACUUCCCCACCAAAAGCGAUAUUGCACCCUCAGCCAUUUUCGUGGCAGUCAACGGCAUCCUCAUGUGCGCCCACUUUUAUGUGUUUGCCCGAGGUUACAUGCGAAACCACCACUUCUGGCCCUCCUUCGGCCUAGGAUGGCACUGCAUUCUCAACAUGCUGGGUUUUGGCAUGCGAAUCGGCUGGGCCAAAAAUGUGCUUGACAUUAAGCUCGGUAUCGCGUCCACGGUCAUGAUUGUUGUUUCUAUUGUCUACGUCAACGCUAUGAACCUGCUGCUAGCACACCGAAUUCUCACAUUUAGACAUCCUGAAACGGGUGAUGCCACGUGGUUCGGUUGGGCCAUGAUUGGCGUCUACCUUGUCAUUAUCGGAGUCAUUGUUAUGGCCGUCAUUUCGCAAGUUGUUAUCUUCCUCUACUUUUUGAACUACCAAAACUGGAGACAGGCCACAGGAGCCAUGCAAGCAUCUUCCGUGUUUGCAACACUGGUCGCCAUAGGAGGAGUAUUUCUCAUUGGUCUGGCAUACGUUCUUCCCCGAGGAGCCCUUUCUCUCCAUAACGACGACCGACGGCGUCUCCCAGCUUCAAACAUUGAGUCUUACGGCAUGUUCUACUUCCCUCCCAAGUACUCGCAGGUGCUGCAGUAUGAGGCAGAUCCCAGUGCCAAAAUUGAUUCUGGCAAGCUGGCUGCUCGUGUGUUGAACGGACGAGAUCUUGGCUCCUCUGCCGCCAUCAUUAUUAUCACUUCUCUGAUUCUUACCACCACAGCUGCCAUGCGAUGUGCUACCUGUUUCCUGGGUGAGCGAUGGUCACUCAACGUGGCACCCAUCUACAGUAACACUCUAUUCUACAUUGGUUUCGGACUGUUUGAGACUAUUGCCAACGUCAUCUUCCUCGUGGUUCGAAUCGAUCUGCGAUUCUACAUUCCCGACUGGCCUAUCAAGGGCACUGGUCCUCUGACCAUCAAACCCGGCACUAUGGAGAUUAUGACCGAUCCGUACCGACAGGGUCCUCCUGGUAUGGGUCCCGAUGAGAAACACUUCGAGAAGGCUCAUUUCGAGGAGGUCCAACCUCCAAUGCCUCCCAUGCCCACCUAUGGAGCAAGCUACGGACCCAUUUCGUACGCUGGUCUGUCCCCAGAGGUGCUGGCAGCUGCUAACGCCAUGAAUACCACACCUGGAGCUAUUCAGCAAACCGAGGAGGAAGCUGAGCGAGCUGCUGAGAAGGCCGCUAACCCCCACACUCCCUUCUCCGAGGCUACCAAGCUGCCUACGGACUCUGAGUUUGUGGAUCCCAUCCCUCCAAUGCCCGAAAAGAAGCUGAAGCAUUCUCCCGAGCUCAGAGAGGCUACUCUUCCUCAGCUUGUGAAUCUGGGAAGUGCGCCUGGAACCCCCAACGCUGCGGCUGCCACCUUUGGAGAGAUCCCCCACGCCACUCCGAUGUCCAUGCCCACAGUGUCGCAGACUCCCAUGCCCACCUUACCUACCAUUACCACAGCCCACGAGCCCAGUUUCGCACAGCUCCAACGAGAGCGACUGGACGCCACUCCUUCUCUGCCCGAGAUUUCUUUCCCCCCUACCCCUUACCAGAUUCGAGCUGUUACCCCAGCAGCGUUCCCCACACCCAUCAUUUCUCCUGCCACUCCCCAGCAGUUCCCCGAGGCUCACUUUUCUCGAGUCACGACGCCCAUGGAGCGUGGUUUCACGCCUGUUACACGUGGAUUCACUCCUAAGCAGGAUCUCAAUGAGCCUACUUACGGCGUGCCCUACGCUGAGCGGGUGAGCAUCCCCUCACCGGUGCACGAUUACGAUCCUCAUUACAGCAAGCCUUAUGAGGAGCCUAAGGACGAGUUCCGAAACAGCGGGGGCAGUGAGGAGGUUUAG